CUUUAGACAAAUGUAAUCUAUGAUUUUUGAAAACAAAAGCCAAACUUUUUGACAAAAAAUGGCGAAAAAACUACUCAACCAACAACAACAAAAUCUCCUACUUGUGUUUUUUGUCUCUUAUUCUCUUCUUGUUUUUCUUUAACAACCUUUCACAUUCUUCUUUCUUCUUAAUUUCUCUAAAUUCAAAUAUAAUUUUUUUUCUUUCACCAUGUCCAUGGACAAGCACCACCACCAUCAAAUGCCUCUAACCAAGUCAGCAUCAAGGCAAAGAUACAAUGAAUGGGUAUUUAGAGAUGUUCCAAGUGAUAUAACAAUAGAAGUGGAUGGUGCCAUAUUUUCAUUGCACAAGUUUCCCCUUGUGUCGAGAAGUGGACGAAUUCGGAGGCUUGUAGCAGAGCACAGAGAUUCUGAUAUAUCAAGAAUUGAGCUUGUUAGUCUACCAGGUGGAUCUGAAUCAUUUGAACUAGCAGCCAAAUUCUGUUAUGGUGUCAACUUUGAGAUCACUUCAUCAAAUGUUGCUCAACUCUGUUGUGUAUCCGAUUACCUCGAGAUGUCAGAGGAUCACUCGAAAAACAAUCUUGGUUCUCGAGCUGAAGAGUAUCUCGACAGCAUUGUCUGCAAGAAUCUUGAAAUGUGUGUUGAAGUCUUGAGACAAUCCGAAAACUUACUCCCCCUUGCUGAUGAGUUGAAAAUCGUUAGCAGAUGUAUCGAUGCUGUAGCCUCAAAAGCUUGUGUUGAGCAGAUCGCUUCAAGUUUCUCGCGUUUGGAGUAUAGUAGCUCAGGGAGGUUGCAUAUGAGUAAACAAGCCAAUUGUGAAGGGGAUUGGUGGAUUGAGGAUCUUUCUGUUCUUCGUAUCGACUUGUACCAACGUGUCAUAACUGCAAUGAAAUUUCGCGGUGUUAGGCCUGAAAGCAUUGCAGCAUCAUUAGUAAGCUAUGCACAGAAGGAGUUAAUACAAAAGUCCAUUUCUGGUUCAAAAGAAAAACUCGUGGUUGAGACGAUUGUUAGCCUGAUGCCUGUUGAGAAAUUCGUCGUUCCCUUGAGCUUUCUGUUUGGAUUGUUGCGAAGUGCUGUGAUGCUAGACUGCAAUGCUGCUUGUAGGCUUGAUCUCGAGAGACGGAUAGGAUCUCAACUGGAUAUAGCAACUCUGGAUGACAUACUAAUUCCUUCGUUUCGUCAUGCUGGUGAUACAAUGUUUGAUGUUGACACAGUGCAUAGGAUCUUGGUUAAUUUUUCACAGCAGGAAGGCGAUAGCGAUGAUGAGAUGGAAGAUGUAUCGGUUUUUGAAUCGGAUAGCCCUACUGCUACGCCAUCACAAACUGCACUGUUCAAAGUAUCAAAGCUGGUUGACAACUACCUAGCUGAAAUUGCACCAGAUGCAAAUCUGAAGCUGAACAAGUUCAUUGCUGUUGCAGAAACAUUACCAGCACACGCGCGUAGUGUACACGAUGGCCUUUAUCGAGCCAUCGACGUUUACCUCAAAGCUCAUCUAACUUUAUCAGAUCCAGAUAAGAGGAGACUAUGCAAAUCGAUUGAUUUCCAAAAACUCUCACAAGAAGCUGGUGCACACGCUGCACAAAAUGAACGUCUUCCUCUACAAUCAAUCGUUCAAGUUCUCUAUUUCGAGCAAUUAAGGCUAAGAAACGCCUUGUUUUGCUCGUAUCCUGAUGAUGACAUUAAGCCAAUGCAUCAAUCUUGGAGGAUAAACAGUGGUGCUUUUAGUGCAGCAAUGUCUCCCAAGGACAAUUAUGCUUCGUUGAGACGAGAAAACAGGGAGCUAAAACUUGAGCUAGCGCGAAUGAGGAUGAGAUUGAAUGACUUGGAGAAAGAUCAUGUUUGUAUGAAGAGAGAUAUGCAGAAAUCCAGCUCCCGAAGAUUCAUGAAAUCUUUCUCCAAAAGGAUUGGUAAAAAGUUCAACAUUUUCGGACAUAGUUCUUCGAGGGAGUCCACUAAUUCUCCCUCGAGGCACUCGGAAAGAACUGAUUCUAAGAUAACUGAUAGAACAUGACUAUCGAUCUUUCAGGUACAUCGAGUUAC